AUGAAGUUCGGCAAGACCCUCAAGGAGUCCAUCUACCCUCCGUGGAAGGACGAGUACAUUGACUAUGCCAAGCUCAAGCUUCUCCUCCGCGAGAGGAGGUCCGAAGAGGACGAGGACAUCCAAUGGACCGAGGAGGACGAGAAGCACUUCUGCGACGAGAUGUUCAACGUUCAGCUCGAAAAGGUCACCAAGUUCCAGGAAACAACCUUCGACGCCAUCAGGGACCGAGUAAAUGCCGCUUUCGAAACCGUACGUGACCUCGCGCCGAAGGACGGACCGGGUAGCAGCAGCGGCGUACAGAAAGAAAGGUUGAAGGAGCUUGAGAAGGAGCUGGACAACAUCACCAAGGAGAUUCGCGAGCUCAAGGCGUUUACGAGUAUCAACUAUACCGGGUUCCAGAAAAUUGUCAAGAAGCAUGACCGCAAGCGAGGCGACAGAUACAAGGUUCGGCCGAUGAUGCAGGUAUCGCUUCAGAGCCGACCGUUCACAUCGGAGCCGGCAUACUCUCCACUGCUGAAGAAGCUUUCCAUCAUGUACUUCAUCAUCAGGCAGCACUUCGAGGGCGAGACCACGGGAAAGGAGCCCGUGCAGCCGGUCGAUCUCGAAAACGAAGGCGAGGUUCACAAUGGCGAGCGAUACACGGCCUACAAAUUCUGGGUCCACCCUGAUAACCUGCUGGAGGUCAAGACCUAUAUCCUCCCCCGGUUGCCCGCACUCAUCUACAGCACGCAACAAGCGACAGAAUCGACGCCUAGUGAUGACCCUACCAUCACAUCGCUCUACUUCGAUAAUCCCAAGUUCGAGUUGUAUAACGCAAAGAUCGAUCGAAAGUCGACGGCCUCGUCGCUCCGACUUCGCUGGUACGGCAAGCUGAAUUCUAAACCCACUAUUAUUCUCGAGAAGAAGACGGUCGACGACCAGAACGGCAACACCGAAUUGCGAAUGUCAAUUAAGGAGAAAUACAUCCUGCCGUUCCUGAAGGGCGAAUACAAUAUGGAGAAGACGAUCGCAAAGAUGGAGAGACAGGGCCAGCCGGCGGAGGCGGUUGAGGCUUUUAAGAAGACUGCUGACCAGUUGCACGACUUCAUCCAAGAGCAUGGAGUCUCGCCUAUCAUGCGCGCCAACUACGUCCGAACUGCGUUCCAGAAGCCUGGGGACGACCGUGUUCGUAUUUCCAUCGAUAGCGAUGUCGCCUUCAUCCGCGAGGACACGCUUGAUGAUAGCAGGCCGUGCCGCAAUCGCGAUGAGUGGCACCGAACCGACAUCGAUGAUAGCGGGAUGACUUACCCGUUCAAGAAUGUUAGAGAAGGAGAAGUCUCCAAGUUCCCUUACUCCAUCCUUGAAAUCAAGAUCAAGGGUGAUGGAGCUCGCAAGAAGCCGGCUUGGGUUGAGGAGCUUAUGGCGUCGCAUCUUGUGCACCCCGCCCCGAGAUUUUCAAAGUUCCUCCACGGUGUGGCCUCUCUCUUCGACGACUACGUCAAUUCCUUCCCGAUCUGGAUGAGCGAUCUCAAUACCGACAUUCGCAAGGAUCCUCGCAAGGCAUUCGAAGAAGACGUGCAAAGGCGUGCGGAGAAGGCCGAGGACGAGCAGGUGGUGGGAAGCUACCUAGGCACAAAGGUCAGCUCUUACAGGCCUGCCCAGAGCUCGCCGGUCACCCAGUCGUAUCUCUCUGAGCGACUGGGUUCCGAAACUCGCACCGAGGAGACCCUAGGCGCCGGACAGGAGGCCGAGGGAGAGGGCGAGCCCAGCCAACCGAAGAAUUACGGAACGCUUUCGUCCAUCCUGCCGAGCUUCUCGCUCAAGCGCUAUUCUCUUGCUAGGCGCGGAGAGGAAGAGCCCCUCCCCCAGGGCGUGGUGGAACCCCAGGUCUGGAUCAAGAACAAGGGCGAGCUCAAGAUCGAGCCCAAGGUGUGGCUCGCAAACGAGCGCACGUUCCUCAAAUGGCAGCAUAUCAGCAUCCUCCUUGGCAGUUUGGCCGUCGCCCUCUACACAGCGUCGGCCGCGGGGACGGUCGCCCGCAGCAUGGGAGUGUUUUACAUCUUCGUGGCCAUCUUCGCCAAUGUUUGGGCCCAGAAGAUGCUCAGGGUGCGCAGGAAGAUGAUUGUGGAGAGGAGUGGAAAGGAUUUUGAUAACAUGGUUGGACCCAUUGUUGUCAGCGUCGCACUGGUUGUCGGUCUGAUACUCAAUUUAAGCCUCCAGUGGAAGCAGGCAUUAGCAAACAUGAGGGGCUUGACGGCGCUCGCCGAUGUUGCCUAG